AGACGAGGACCCGAUCACAUCCGUCGUCCCAUGAACGCUUUCAUGGUGUGGUCUCGAGCUCAGAGGAGGAAAAUUGCUCUCGACAACCCGAAGAUGCACAACAGCGAAAUUUCCCGACGCCUCGGCUCGGAGUGGAAGGGUCUCACCGAGGAGCAGAAGCGACCUUUCAUCGACGAAGCCAAACGGCUCCGCGAACAGCACAUGCGAGAUCAUCCCGAGUACAAAUACCGUCCUCGGCGCAAACCGAAACCCGCGACGCCUGUCAUGUCCUCAGCUGUCGCCGGAGAUCUCAUCAACAACAACAACAACCACCACCACAACAACAAUAAUAAUCAACCGGGUUUCCCCAAUGCGAACGAAAUGAAGCCGGAAGUCAUGUCACAGAUGAGUUCCUACAAUCCAUUUGCUCUUCCGUAUAUGAACUACAUCGGAAGCCAGCUGAGCAACUCGUCCCCGCAACCGGUCCGCUCUCCCGAAUCCGCGUACUCGUCGUGUGAUGAUCUACCGAAGGAAUCUUCGCUUUCGCCUCCUCCGGCGUCAAAUAGCCAGGAGGGCCAGAAACCUUUCAAGGACUCACUGUACUCGCUGUACGCGCAGUCUGUGAAUCCGAUGGUGGGAUCGUACCCGUCGAUGGGUUACCUACCUUAUUCCGGCUAUUCUAACAGCUACGAGUAUUCCUCCUAGACGAAGAGUUUGUUAGAUUUUUAACGUUUACUUCACUUAUAGCAAUAAGGGUUGCUUCCUAAAGUGCGCAAUACGACCCGGUUCCCUGUCUGCGUUGAGAGCGAAAGUCUGAGCGUUGCGCUAUUCGAAUUCAUUUAGACACUCACUCAGAAAGAGCCCGAAGUCCUAGAGGAAUGCAAUGCAGCUGUGCGAAUAGAAGUUAAUUUAGAGGUUCAACUAUUAUUUCUACCAACACACAUAUAGGUAAUCGAAUCGUU